UCAUAUAACGUGAUACAAUUCCACAUCAACAGACAGUUUGACAGCAAACAUUUUGCAUUUUAUUUUUGUGAAAAUGCCGGUUAGGGUUGAUCCACCUCCACCGCUAAAUGCUGAACAGCCAGGGGUUGCAACAUCUUUAUUGUACAAUGGUUCUAGGUUCCAAGGUCACCAGAAAAGUAAAGGGAAUUGCUAUGAUGUGGAAGUUAUUUUGAAGAAUGUUGAUAUGAAUACAUCAUAUUUGUGUGGUUAUCUAAAGAUAAUUGGUCUUACAGAGGAAUAUCCAACACUAACAACUUUUUUUGAUGGUGAAAUAAUUAGUGAAAAACAUCCUUUUUUAACCCGUAAAUGGGACGCUGAUGAAGAGGUGGAUAGAAAGCAUUGGGGCAAGUUCCUGUCAUUUUACCAGUUUAAAAAUUUUAAUUCAGAUAAAUUUGAUUAUGAGGAUUUAAAGACUACAGAUUUUGUAUUUAUGAGGUGGAAGGAACAUUUUCUGGUGCCAGAUCACACUAUAAAGGACAUAAAUGGUGCAUCAUUUGCAGGUUUUUACUAUAUUUGUUUCCAAAAAUCUACAGCAACUAUAGAAGGUUUCUAUUAUCAUAGGAGUUCUGAAUGGUAUCAAUCUUUAAACCUUACCCAUGUUCCAGAAAGAAGUAUAUCUGUAUAUCAGUUUAGAUGAUACUUUCCUAAAUGUGCAGCCUGUGAUAAUGUUUUGUGUUGAACUUUUAAUUUAUAUGUGCUAUGUUCACUGGUUUGAACCUGAUGGAAUAAUGCGUUAAGUGAUUCGUUAAGUGAUUCGGUACCUGAUAGAAUAAUAUGUUAAGUGAUUCGGUACCUGAUAGAAUAAUAUGUUAAGUGAUUCGGUGCCUGAUAGAAUAAUAUGUUAAGUGAUUCGGUGCCUGAUAGAAUAAUAUGUUAAGUGAUUCGGUGCCUGAUAGAAUAAUAUGUUAAGUGAUUUGGUGCCUGAUAGAAUAAUAUGUUAAGUGAUUUGGUGCCUGAUAGAAUAAUAUGUUAAGUGAUUUGGUGCCUGACAGAAUAAUAUGUUAUGUGAUUCAGUACCUGAUGGAAUAAUAUGUUAAAUGAUACAGUACUGUUAAAGAAAAAUUAAAUUUAGAAUCU